CAUUUAUUUUCUCCGUCAAAAAUCAGACAUUCCGUCAAAGCUCUCAGUGAAACGCUCAAAUAACUCGAUUGUAUGGUUUGUGAAGGAGAUUAUUUCCAUUUUCUAUAGACUACCAUAAUUUUUUUUACAUGAUAAUAUAAAACCAGCAAUUCAUAAACUUCUUUCCCGUGGAGUGGUGACAGAUAUUCGAUUUAACAAUGCAGACCGACGCAGGCGCAUCCUCUGAUGCUAGAGAACAAAUCGCUCAAGUUGAGCGCAUUGUUCCGGCCGGUGUGAAGGCUCUGUGUGACGCAUGCACUGAGUUGUACCCUGACCAGCCUAACCCCUUACAGGUCACAACUAGGCUCAAAUAUUGGUUGGGAGGUAAUGACCCCCUGGACUACAUCAGCAUGUACUGGAACCCGGGAAAGCCGGAGGAGAACAUACCAUCACAUUGGCACUAUGUCAGUUUCGGCUUGUCGGACCUACACGGCGACGGGCGCGUGCACCCGCCGCCCGACCGCGUGGUGCUGGCGGCGGCGGAGGCCGGCGCGCGGCCCCCGUCCGGGCUGGGGCUGGAGCUCACGUUCAGGCUGGCCGCGCCCGCGCCGCAGCCGCCGCCGCUGUGGCCGGCCGCGCUGUUGCAGGCGACAGCCAGAUACAUGUUCACCACAGGUAACAAAUUCUACGCGGGCGACCACAUAUCGUGGCACUCGCCCCUCGACGGCAGCCCGAAGUCCCGGCUGCGGCACCUGCUGGUCGCGGAGGACCAGCAGCUGGGCACCGUGGACACGCCCCACGGCUACGUCAAAAUGUUGCAGCUUGUAGGCUGCACCAGUCGAGAGCUGAAGGCGGCUCAGACGGGGUCAGGGUUCGAAGUUCUCAAAUAUAUAGCUGAGGAUCAAAGAUGCGGCGGGCCGUGGCACGUGACGGCCGCUGCGCGCGCGCGUUCGGCGCGCGGCGUGCGGCGCGCGCGCGGCGCGGGGGCGGCGCCCGCCGCGCUGGCCGGCGUGUCCGCCACCGCGCGCUGGGCCGCCUCGCACGGCGGGGAGGCGAGCACAGAGCAAACAUCUUCAGAACUAACUCCUACAGUGGAGAAGCUGAUUAAACAGACGUUUCUCAAAGGGCUUGACAACAUGGACCGCGGGCAGGAAGGUCACAUGUCCACGGAUAGCUUUGAGCUGUCCAGCAUCGAGCGCGCUUUGCCCCAGUUACCGGAUCUCAUGGAGGACACAUUGCGCCGAGAGCAACCGGUGGAGUUCCUGUGGGGAGUCCACCUUAUGAUGAACCCUGAGGCCGCCAGGCUGCUGCCGCUGGCCAUCGACGGUCGCGUGCGCCACAGCCGCCACUUCACGUGGCGCUGCGGCGUGCAGGCCAUCACCGUGCUGCACCGCGACGUGCAGGGCGCGCUGGCAGACAGCCGCCGGCCUUACGCGGCCGCCGGGCCCUGGCUGCAGAUCCUAAUACCAACGGAGCUGGCGGAAGACAUGUCGAAACAAGUCGCCAACUUCUCCUACCUCGCCGACUCUGACUCGGAGAUCGACAGCGAGGAUGAGGGCGAGAGGCCCGCCCCGCCAGCCGUCCCGCUCACACUGCACUGGCCGAAGUACAGGCUGAAGAUAUCUGUGUUACACGACCGCGACAUAUUAUAGCUUUAAAUCAAUUUAAAAUAAAAAUAACAAAUAUAUUUCUAUCACGAAGCCAUUCGGCUGAACGUGGAGGCGUAAAGACGUAUGACGUGUGUGAGAGUAAGACGUGGCUUCCAUCAACCGUCCCGCUCACACUUAAAUGGUUGAAGUAAAGGCUGAAGAUAUCUGUUUUAAACAAAUAAGACAUAAUAAAGUUAUUAGAAUCUCUAAAUAAUGAUUUUAAUAAAUAAAUUCCUUGUAUAAGGAUAGUAAACUUGGGAUCCUUCUUUUGGAAGACGGUCUAGCAACCUGUCACUAAUAUGAUCUCAAUUCCAUCAUUAAGCCAUACAGGUGAACGGUUUCAGUCUUUUCCAAACUGUAGCGGGAGUGAUGGUUCGGCUCGACUGCCACCAAAGGGAAGAUCUUCCGCCAGGCUGGGUGUGAUGCCUGGGGAACUGCGGCUCCAACGAUGUUGAGUCGGAGGUUGUAUUUAUGCUCCAAUCCAUGAAAUCUUUGUAAUCGCGAUUUAGAUUCUUCGUUGCUAUUGACUGAGCGCGUCAAUUUCUUCGUGAUGUUUGACAUUGUUGUUUGAUUUUCUGUUGUGACGUGUGGCGUAGAGAUGUCGCCACAAGACUAUUGUCUCUGCCUACCUCCUUCUGAAAUAUAGGCUGAAGAUAUCUGUGUUACAUGAUCAUGGCUUAGAAUAAUUUUAAUAAAGAUAUUCAUUCAUUUAUAUAUUCACGGUGAACACGGCAGACCAAUGUUGUUGUAUAUACCAUGACAAAUUCUGAAAGGGGGGCCAUUUUGGUACCAAA